AUGUCCGCGGAGAAAGCGGAUCCUAAGCCUCAAAAAUAUUUGGGAUUCAACAAGAAGGUCACCGAUGACUUCCUGGAAACCAAGGUUGUCACCACCAAGAUUACAAAAACUGAUAAGGUAAGCCGAUUUUGGUGUAAAAGUCUUUGGGGACUGACUAGGGAACCUUUUAACGCCUUAUCCUUCAGCGAGCAGCUCUGGUUUCGACAGCCUUGCUUGUAAUUCGAGUUGAUGCAAAAUCAAAUUUUGGAAAUGUUCUGGAUAUUGGUGAUUUUGUCGUUGAAGUUAAUGGUGUUUCCCUAAAAUCAAAGGAGCAAUUCUAUGUGGAGAUCAAAACAGUUCUGACGAAGGGAGAAGAACCUCAGGUUAGGCGAUUUUCUUAUAUUAUACUUGACUCGGACCGUGCUUUGUUCAAUUAAUAUGAUUUAAUGUGUUUUCAGCCGCUUUCUCUGAAGAUUCGACGUCCAAAAUGGAUCCGCCAGACCGAAAAGAAUCAAUUCGAACAAGAAUUAGGAGGAUUUUCUUACCAUACUAGCCUGAUGAUCUUAUUGCCGGGAUCCGUCCUUGGCAUGAAUAUCAGAGCUUAUAAUAUGAAGGUAACCGGUCUAAAAAAUUAUUUCCCUUUCAAUUUUAGGUCUAUGUUUCCCGGGUUGAACCGAAUUCCCUGGCCGCAAGAAGUAUCCGAAUUGGCGACUGUAUCCUUGGUGUAGAUGACGUUGGCUGCACCUCCGUCAAGCACUGUCUGGACCGAAUGAACGAAGCCAUGAAGAAGGAUAAGGCCGUCAUUUUGACCAUCGAACGUCCAGAAUCAAUUCAAGCCGUGGAAAUGGUGAAAUGUGCCCUGAGGGCACAAAAACAGACAAUGGUAGAUAGUGCUCUUGCAAAGGAUGCGGUGGAAAUUGGAAAAAGGGAGAGCGAGAGGAUCAGAGCCGGCAGAUUAAUCAAGCCCAAGCCCAUUUAUCGAAGAGUAGACAAGAAAUCGAAAAAUUCCUCGGCAAAAAGGUAAGGAGAAUAUAAAUUAUGGGGGUUUUGGACCUAAAGUUUGAUUAAUUUAAAAAAUUAUAGUAAUAAACAACAUGUUCAAGUCAAAGACAAGUCCUCCCAGCUCAGUAUCGGCGCAGAUCCGUUCAAUCCCAUCUUUAUGGCAAGGGUAAAGAGCAAGGGAAACGACAAAAAACCGGAUGGCAAAAGUCCGAAGGGAAUGGGCACAAUCGGAGGAAUCGGAAAUUUCGACAAGUAA